GACUGAGGCGCACGUUGACCAGCAGGCCUGCGAAGGAAGAGGGAACCGGCUGAACGCCCGGCCGGUGCGGGCGCUCCCUGCAGGCCCCGGAACCGAGCGUGGCGUGAGCUUUUUCGGCUGCCCGCUCAACCUUUGCAGCGGCCGAUGCUUUGCGAAGGCCGUCCUAGCUGUCUAAAGACCGUUCUUCCACCCGCAACCCGUGUAAUUGAUCCGCUGGGCCUCCCGGCCGCGCCAUGCCUUCCUUGGCUGUUCGUUAACUCGUGGUUUCGUUUCGUUGUUUCUUUUAAGAUGUGGAACCACUUCGUUCUUCUGAGCUGUAAGGCAGGCGAAAUCCUUGCUCCCCGCAACAGAGUAGGGCUUGCAAUCUUUCGUCGGAACUUAAGAACCAUGAAGAUAGAUUCUUCCGAAUUUCAGUCCCUUUUCACGCCAGGACUGAGGAGCCUUGCAGAAUUAUUUCAUAAAGAAAAUUAUGAAUUAAGAAUAGCAGGAGGUGCUGUAAGGGAUUUACUCAGUGGAAUAAAACCACAAGAUGUUGACUUUGCCAGCACUGCAACUCCUAGUCAGAUGAAAGAAAUGUUCCAGGCCAAGGAUAUACGUAUGAUCAACAACAGAGGAGAAAAACAUGGAACCAUCACUGCUAGGCUCAAUGAGGAGAACUUCGAAAUUACCACACUGAGAAUAGAUUUGCAUACUGAUGGGAGACAUGCAGAAGUGGAAUUCACAACUGACUGGGAAAAAGAUGCAGCAAGGAGAGAUCUCACAAUCAAUUCUAUGUUCCUAGGUUUGGAUGGCACUCUUUAUGAUUACUUCAGUGGUUACAAUGACUUAAAGAACAAGAAGAUCAAAUUUGUAGGAGAAGCCGACCAGAGAAUAAAAGAAGAUUUCUUACGAAUUUUACGCUAUUUCCGAUUUUAUGGGAGGAUAGCUGAAAGGCCUGAUGACCAUGACACCCCAACUCUGGAAGCCAUCAAAGAAAAUGCCAAAGGUUUGGGUGGAAUAUCUGGCGAGAGGAUUUGGAUGGAAUUGAAAAAAAUUCUUGUUGGGAAAUAUGUGAAUCACCUCAUUCGUCUGAUGUAUGAACUUAAAGUAACUGAUUACAUAGGAUUACCUGUUAAUGGGAAUUUACAGGAGUUUGACACAGUCUGUAAAAAUGUUCAGAAUCUCUUUCCAAAACCAAUGACCAUUCUAACGUCACUGUUAAAGGUUCCAAGUGAUCUUUCAAAACUGGAUUUAAGACUGAAAAUAUCAAAAGAUGAAAAAAACCUUGGGCUAUUUCUGUUGAAGCACAGGAGAGACUUGACCAAAGCUUCUGAUACUACAAAGCCCCUUAAGCCAUACCAGGAUUUCGUUUUAGAUUCAAGGGAGGCUUCUGCAGCAUCCAGAAUCCAUGAACUUCUGAAAUACCAAGGAGAAGAACAACUUCUGAAAGAAAUGCAAGAGUGGUCUAUCCCUCCUUUUCCUGUAAGUGGCCAUGACUUAAGACAAAUGGGAAUCUCCUCAGGAAAAGACAUCGGGCCACUCCUGCAACAGUUACGAGAACAAUGGAAAAAAAGUGAUUACCAAAUGGAUAAAGAAGAACUCUUAAGCUAUGUAAAGAAGGCAUGAAAGCAAAUGGUGAUUAAACAAAAGAAUGAUUUUGUAUGAAGUUCUGCCUGCAAAUGUUUUUCUUGGGUACAUUUUCAUUUCAAGGUCUUUCAGAAUAUCAGGAUUAUUUGUAUUUCAGUUGUAAAACAUAAAUAGGGUUGUUUUGUGUCCAUGUGGUAAUAUAUGAAUAAGUUUCAUAUAUUUUUACUGAACUAUUGACCCUAAAAAGUGCAGUUCAAGUUGUAAUGACUCAGAGACACUUGCAUGCAGAUUGAUUCCUUGGUUCUUCAAAAAUAAUCCUUGGAUUGACUUGACUUUAAGAAAUUAACACUGCAGUUGAAUGCAUGUUUACCUAAAAAUUAUUUCCAUUCCAUUCAGUGGGGUUUAGCAAACAUGUAUUACCUUGAACCUGAGAGGCAGAUUCUAGCUAGAUUGGAUGCUAUUAAACAUCAUUUCACUGAAUCUCAAAUUACAUUAUGGACAACAACCUGAAGUUUGAGAUUGAAGAUUGCUUGUUAUUUCAAACAAGCUUUUCAGUAAAAGCAUGGCAUUUUCUGACAUCUAUUGAACUGGGCACUUUCCAUUCAUUAUAUUUUCCAUGCAUCUAAAAAGAUUGAGAAUGAAUAAAACUGAUUUUUUUAAAAUUACAAAUUAUAGUGUUCCUGCUAUGAUCAGUAGGCAUGGCUUGUGUGCCUCAUUUUUCAACUUGCAACAUAUGUUAUAAAAGCUUACAGUAGUUUAUAAACUGAUCCUAUAUGACUUAUCUAAUGCUGCAAAAUGAAUCAAAAUAAGCUCAGUAGGAUUAGUUCUAGGCAAAUAUAUUUAGGAUUGCAGCCUAACAUUUCUUACCAGGUUGUGUGUCAAAUUUGGAUAAUGAGAGGAGAUUCUUCCACUAGGUGGCAAUAUAUAGGAGCAAUUUUUAUAUUGCAAACAAUAUAGGAUGGGCAGUUUUUUACUUAUGUGCAGCAUGAAAGAUCCCUGGGUGAGAAUGUAGUUGCGAAUUCCAACUGGCUGUUCCUGCAGUUUGGACCUCAUGAGGACCAGGUCCUAAUAAUGGGAAAUCUGAUUUGAUCAUAAUGCUGUCAGGGUACCUUCUGCUGUUUAAUAUGUGUUAGGUUGUUAUCCUAUAUAUUUUGUAUUUGUUCUAGCUAACUUUGCUUGUGAGAAACUGGUUUCUGAAUCCCCCUCCCCCAACAUUGUGUCCUCUAGAUGACCCUUAAUUCCAAGUCAGUACAUGAAUGACACCUGGUUGAGGAAUAUGAGUAUGGAUACAAAACCCUAACAAAAUUUGAAGAUACAAACCCUAACCCUAAUAAAUAUAUUAGU